AUGUCUGAUCUAUUUUCAGUGGUUUCCCCUCCUUAUACAAUGUACAUGGGGGAGGAUAAACAUGAAAAUGAAGAAUUGAUUCGAUGGGGAUUUCCUGAAGAUGUUUGGUUCCAUGUUGACAAAGUAUCCUCUGCUCACGUUUACCUACGAUUACAUCUAAAUGAAACUUUAGAUGAUGUUCCCCAGUCAGUGAUAGAUGACUGUGCACAACUUGUCAAAGCUAACAGCAUCUCAGGUAACAAAAUGAAUAAUAUAGAUGUUGUGUAUACUAUGUGGGCAAAUCUCAAGAAAACUCAGGGAAUGGAUGUUGGACAAGUAGGAUUCUUCAAAGACAAAGAGGUCAGAAAAGUGAAAGUAGAAAAAAGAAUAAAUGAAAUAGUGAACAGGUUAAACAAGACUAAAACGGAGGAUCAUCCAGAUUUCCGCCAGUUGAGGGAAGACCGUGACAGAGAAGAAAGAGAGGACCAGAAAAAGAAGAUGGCAGAUCAGAGGAAAAGGGAGAAGGAGGCAGAAGACCAGAAAAAGAGAGAAGCUGAAACAAGAUCGUAUGCAAACUUAAUGAAAGCAGAAAAUAUGACAUCAAAUAGAGAUGAUGGCAAUGAUUCGGAUGAUUUUAUCGAUUCCGCCAUAUUGAAUGCCUUCCUCGAGCCGAAAUACCGUGAUCCGGAAGAAUCUGGUGUCUUUGCUGACGCGGGGAGACUGGCAACUGUUGCCGUAGGAAUAAACGCCAUAGCCACCGUAGCUGUUGACGACUGUUACCCACCAACACUUUUCACAAAUGCUCAGAUGGCUACACAGACAUUUGUAACGGACUUGCAGGCAAUGAAUCCGACUGUAGUUCAGGUGCAGGGUACCUCUAAGUCUUCAUCUACCUCUCAGUCCCAGAAUGGACAAACUCAGAAGACCACCAUCAUACAGCCCUCACAGACACACUCUGGCCAACAGUUCAUAGUUACAAUUCCAGAUCAGCUGGGGGACCAGGCACAGAACGCAGAAACUGUUACUAUUCAACAAGGAGGACAAGCGGUUUACCCUACUCAUGUACAGUACGUAGAUGGCUCUGAUCCUGGUAUCUACGCAAAUGGGCAAAUGCAAGGUACAUACCAGAAUGAAUACGGACAGACAAUGUAUACACCAGUGUCAAGCACUUACUAUCAGAGCACUGGGCAGCAGUUGGGGACAGUGCAAACAGUUCAAGGACAGAUUUUGCAGCACCAAGGGGGUACCUAUCUAAUUCAAGGAGGCACCAUGGAUGGGGAAGGUACCCCCCUCACCCACACAACUAGGGCCUCUCCCGCUACAGUCCAGUGGUUGAUAGACAAUUAUGAGACAGCUGAAGGUGUGAGUCUUCCCAGGAGCACCCUGUACAAUCACUAUCUAAGACACUGCCAGGAACAGAACCUGGACCCAAUGAAUCCUGCUUCCUUUGGAAAACUUAUUAGAUCUGUGUUCUUGGGACUCCGAACUAGACGCUUGGGUACCAGAGGAAACUCAAAGUACCACUACUAUGGAAUUAGAAUAAAGGCAAAUUCUCCUUUAAAUCAAUUUACAGACAAUGAAACAAUGGCAAUCCGACAACAACCAAUGUACCAUGGCAAAGGGAAAGGAGAGACAGACUCUGACAGUAAUCAUGGCUCUCAUGGCCCCCACGAUCCUGCCAAGGCUCAGCAAGAACAACAUCAGCAGUUCCUAGGGGAUGCCUCUGCUGCUCUCCCUAACUUUGGUGAUAUUGACACAUCUGUGCCUUUCCCUGAAGGAAUUACGAUAGACCAUAUCAAAUCAUUUGAGAAAAUGUAUCGAGAACAUGCAGAAGCUAUUGUUGAUGUGGUCGUCAAUCUACAGUUUUCUCUUAUUGAGGCGCUUUGGCAGGGCUUUUGGAGAAAUCAGCCACCUGAUCAGUUGACGGCUGAUAAUGAUUAUGAGAAGCGGUUACCAAAAGAGAAAUUGUAUAUGGUCAGCUCCUAUGAGCCUCUACAGCAAUGGGUCAGAAAAGCAGAUUACACAUUUUAUCAAGCACUAGUAGAAGUUCUGAUUCCAGAUGUUUUACGACCUAUACCUAGUUCACUUACACAAGCCAUAAGAAAUUUUGCCAAAAGUUUAGAAAAUUGGUUGAAAGGUGCCAUGACAGGAGUCCCAGAAGAAAUGGUGAAAACAAAGGUGAGUGCAGUCAGUGCCUUUGCCCAGACCCUGCGCCGGUACACCUCACUCAAUCACUUAGCUCAGGCAGCAAGGGCAGUUCUUCAGAACACCUCGCAGAUCAACCAGAUGUUGACUGAUCUCAACAGAGUGGACUUCGCCAAUGUUCAAGAGCAGGCGUCUUGGGUAUGUCAGUGUGAUGAUGCUGUGGUACAGCAGUUACAGGACGACUUCAAGAAGACUCUAGAGCUUCAGAACUCACUGGAGCAGUGGGCCGUAUGGUUGGAGGGGGUGGUCAAUCAGGUCCUCAAACCCCACGAAGGGAGCGACAACUUCCCCAAAGCAGCCAGGCAGUUCCUACUGAAAUGGUCAUUUUACAGUUCAAUGGUGAUCCGAGAUUUGACUUUACGAAGUGCAGCUAGUUUUGGUUCGUUUCACCUGAUCCGUCUCCUGUAUGACGAGUACAUGUUCUACCUGGUGGAGCAUAAAGUGGCUGCUGCUACAGGGGAGACUCCGAUAGCCGUAAUGGGGGAGUUUAUUGACAUAAGCAGUGCCGUGCUGAUGAGUAACUUGGAGGCUGAAACAAAGCCGGUAAUGAUCAGUAAGGGGGCCACGGGUGGCGCCCCAACCUCUGCUCAAACAUUGCUGAACAAAAGUGAUCCCAACACCACCACACUGAUGGUACUAUCCAGUACUGGGAACACCAAUGUGAAUGGGAACGUUAUCGUGACCGCGGCUCCUGGUUCAAACCCCGCCACUGUCACAGUCAGGGCAGCUAAUGCAGGGACAGCUCUCCCAGGAACCAAAACCAUUGUGGUGAUGCCAGUGUCUAAUGCUGUAGGCUCAGGGGAUGCACAAAAUGCCAAGAGAUUAAAAGUGGAAUAAUGUGGUAGCACAUUGGCCAGACAAAUGAAAGCAUGUAUGAACAAAACUUUGCUAUGUUAUAUGAUGAAUAUUUACCCAGUAAUUCCAUCCUAUUUUGUAAUUUGUACAAAUAUUUUGAUGUACAUGUAUGAAGAGUUAACUUAAGAUGUCAAAUUUGUAUUGUGAAGAUAAUAAGGGGUGUUAUUGGUUUAUGCAAAAAAAUACAUCGUUUUUGUGCCUGGAAUGUGACAUAGCUGGUAAUGCUGGUUAGAGUUUGAUAAAUAACACUUUCAAUGGGAUAAUUGUGUUGUUUAUGCAAAAAUAAAAGUGGUGAAGGAACAUGGAAGGACAAGGAUAAAUAAAUCCAGAAAAUGGCAGUGACACACUUGUGAUAAAAUGUUUAGGAUGUUUUUAUGGAGAACUUGUAUGUAUUUUAUUACUUUUUUCAUGACAGUUACAUUGACUUGUGCUGCAAUUGCAUGACAACAUAAAGUAUGUUUAUUUCCAUGAGUUCAUUGUUUGAAAUUUGGUUCAAAUUCAUUGUUUGUAAUUGCUUGCUGUUUCAACUUUAUUAAGAAUAGUUGGUCUUUUUUCACACUUUUUGCAUGUUUGCUCAUUUUGAAAUGUUGAAAUUCAGUAUUACUUCCCCUUCCUUAAUCGUUUGUUUUCUAAUAUGAUAGUUUUUUAAAAGCAAUCACAUUUUCUAGAAAGCAGAGAAGUACAAUAUCGAAAUGCAUACAGGUCUUUUUUUUUUUUUGUUGGCUGAAUACAUGUAUUUAGUUUUAGAAACUAGUCAUAUUUAUUCUUUUAAGAGUAGGGUUAUCAAAUUGCUUGAUUUGUCUUUGCCAUGUCUAUUAUUAUUUGCGUAAUUAAGAUAAUUUGUAAUUCUUAGUUAUCAAUCUAGGCAAUUUAAGUUUAGCUGCUUCAAUAGAUAUAUAGAGUAGGAUUGCAGAAAUGACAUAAUUUUCUAUUCCCCUGUCAGUGUUUGAUUGACAAUCUGUGCCUUAGACCAAAUAACGCAGGACAAUGUUUAUACAGAGUUGUAAGGAAUCUGUUAUAGCUAAAGAUUUACAUUAGAAUUGUUUACAAGGCAGGUAGAUUUUUUGUCUGGUAGUGCUUAUUUAAUAAUUUGCAGUUAUUUAAUUUAUUUAUUGUACAAACUGGAAAGGCUUUUGUGUUCAAUGAGACUGCUUCUCUAGUACUGCUGUUGCAUUUUUCCGAAUGUGACACAUUCAGAUUAAAAAAAAGUUAUUUUUGUGAUUGGAAACCUUGAUUACAAAGUUAAGAAAAUGAAUAAAGCAAUGUGUUAAAUUAUA